AUGGAAAUCUUUCAGGUAGAACACGUUUAUUUCAAGGACGGAAGCCACGCCAUUUUUAUCAUGAAGGAAAAGAGCGACGUUUCAGGCGAUCUUAUUCGACACAUCACCCAGAAUGGCACCAACCAAGUGAGUAUCGAAAGAGGGAUCAAACUCAAAGAAACCUACCCGGACUACUACAUGAAACAAAUUGGCGAGGUCGACGAUUUCGACGCCAACAAGGUGCUUGAAAUGGCCCAAACCGACACAACAGCUUCCCAGAAAGAUUUCCGGGAAUGGACCAAUGCUUUCAUUGAAGAGCUGAAGGCUAAAGGUUGGCUCUGGGAGCAAGCUCCAGGUGCUAAUUUGCCGCCUGGUUGGGGAAGCUCUUAG